AUGGAGCCCAGUCCCAUCUCUGUCGAGGCCACCCAUGUGCCCGAGCUUCCCCUCAAGAGCAAGACUGCUCUAACAGAAGCACUUGAAGAUGUGCUCUGCGGAUCGGUGGCCGGCGCCGUUGGCAAAUACAUCGAAUACCCUUUCGACACAGUCAAAGUCCGACUACAGAGCCAACCCGAUCACCUCCCGUUACGAUAUGCUGGUCCCUUGGACUGCUUCCGACAAUCGAUCCAGAGCGAUGGAGUGCUGGGACUUUACCGGGGUAUCACUGCUCCUCUAGUGGGUGCUGCCGCUGAAACAAGCAGCCUGUUCCUCUUUGAGAGUCUUGGUCGCGAAUUGCUGUUCGCAAGCAACCUGGCCUCUCGAGAACAAGGACUUUCACUACCAUACCUCUGGUUGACUGGUGCCUUCUCUGGAGCUUUUACAUCCUUUGUCCUUACACCGAUCGAGCUUGUCAAGUGUAGGAUCCAAGCUCCCAUGUUGGCCGACGGUUCGGCUGGUGUUCCUCUCCGUCCCAUUCCUGUUAUCAAGCAAGUCUUUCGACAUGAAGGUCUUCGUGGGUUUUGGCACGGUCAGCUGGGUACGCUGAUCCGAGAAGCUGGUGGUGGCUCUGCUUGGUUUGGUGCCAAGGAGACGGUGACGAGCAUGUUCUAUCAGCUCAAGACGAAGACGGCUACCUCUGCGGUGGAGAAGCAGAAGAUUCUUGACACUCCGCUACCUUUCUGGCAGCAAGCCAUUGCUGGUGCGUCAGCGGGUGUGUCAUACAACUUUCUGUUCUUUCCUGCCGACACAAUUAAGUCGCGAAUGCAGACGGCUGCUGUCAGCGACCUUCACCAACGGCGAACAUUCUGGCAAGAAGGUUCUAUACUCUGGAAGCAGCAUGGCAUCCGUGGCAUGUACCGUGGCUGUGGUGUCACAUGCCUUCGAUCAGCGCCGAGCUCUGCUUUCAUCUUCAUGAUUUAUGACGGGUUGAAGCGAAACUUCCCUCUCCAAUAA